GGCCCUAAAUGGAAACAAGUAAAAGUUACCGAUAUUUUUGUUGUUAGUAUUCCUGAACAUGUACUGAUGUUAGGGAACUCAUGGUUCCAGGAAAAUGCAAUGAAAGUGGACUUCCCAAAUAAAACUCUUACAUUACUCGAUGGAACUA